AUGUUGGAUUUGAGAAGGCCUCACUUUAUUUUGGGUUUUGACCCUUCUUUAUGCUGCGAAAAACUGAAUAUUCCCUUCAGAUUCAUAAAACAUGUUGAAGGAAGCGGGUUAGGAACGGCUUCGAUAGUAGGUCCUAGUGGUAACACUUGGUAUGCAGACAUCAUUUUGCUUGGUGAUAGGUUAUUCUUCCAUGAUGGAUGGGCAGCUUUUGUUAGAGAUCACUCUCUUGAACAAGGUGAUACUCUUGUUUUCAGAUACGAUGGUGAUUUGCAUUUUACAGUGCAAGUUUUCGAUAGGAGUUUAUGCGAGAAGGAAUCUGCAUUCAGUGCUGUGAGCAGUCAAGAUUUAAGCAACUACGGUAGUCAUGAAGCGAAAAAAAGAGACAGGGAAAACUCCGGUUACUUAGACAGCAUCAUGGAAGGUGUUCCGAAGAAAAUACGAAGCUCUAAAAUGCAUUCUGAAUGCUUUACUAAGAAUCAAGAAAAUUGUAUAUGUGGUAUAGAUGAGGAAGAGUGUCUGCAAGAAGCUGAUGUCAACAGUAAAUUAAAGAAUUUUGUCACUGUUGCUGUACCAUCUCAUGCCGAAGUUUUCAAUGAGAUUUCAGACCGACCAAUUACUAAUAGGAACACAAAGCUAGACAUGCUGUUAUCAGCAUCAGAAGCAGAAAGAGUAGUGCAAUCUUUCACUUCGUCUUUCCCCAAUUUUACAAAAGUCAUGAAAAGAUUCAAUAUAAGUGGUUCAUACACUCUGAAUGUCCCUUAUCAGUUUGCAAUGGAACAUCUUCCCAAAUGCAAAGUUAAGAUUGUGCUUCGUAAUUUAAAAGGAGAAAGUUGGACAGUAAAUUCAAUCCCCACCACAAAAGUCCAUACUUCACAUACUUUCUGUGGAGGAUGGUUGAGCUUUGUCCGUGAUAAUACUAUUGAUUUGGGAGAUAUCUGCAUCUUUGAGCUUGUGCACAAGUAUGAGCUGCAAGUGCGAAUACUGCAUGUGGGAAAGGAAGGGAUAGAUGGGCAUGUUGGCGAAGCAUUUCAUAACAGGAACGUUAAUGGUUCUGCUGGAACAUCACAUAAAAUAUCGAGACGUAAAUCAAAGAAAAUAAGCGGACUUGCUAAUAGCAAGAAUGGAUCUUCUUUCUCCUCGCAUACUUGCAUAGGAGAAUCAGAUAUCCAGAAAAAAAUUGGCUUCUCGAACAAGCAGGGUCCUUAUGCGAAAGGAUGUAUGUCAAUGAAGUCUGCACCUGAAGAAAAAAUAGCUGUUCAGUCUUUUGUCUCCAAUUUGCCUCAUUUCGUGAAAAGUAUGAAGAAGUUCAACAUUAGUGGUUCUUAUACUCUGAAAGUUCCCUAUCAGUUUUCAAUGGAUCACCUCCCAAACUGCAGAGCGGAGAUUGUUCUUCAUAAUUUGAAAGGAGAAUGUUGGACUGUAAAUUCGAUCCCUACUAUGAAGACUAUCAAAACGGGACAUGAAACGCGGAGGGAAGUUGAUCUUUACGUGAAGUACUGUGGCUGCAGUUUCUUCUGGAUGGUUGUAACAGGAACAUUUUCUGGCUGCUGGUCUCUCUUCGUGUAUAUAAUGGAACAAUUAGUUGAAGGGAAGAGAGAGCCUCUUUUCAGGUUGGAAAACAUCCUCGGCUGCAGUUUCUUCUGGAUGGUUGUAACAGGAACAUUUUCUGGCUGCUGGUCUCUUCGUGUAUAUAAUGGAACAAUUAGUUGA